CCUUCAAACACCAUAUAUUUGUGAUUCACACUAUGGAUUGAAUGGAGUUUGGAUAACGGGGUUUGGACCCUGUAGAGAACUUCAUGAAAAUAGCGGCACAAUGGCGGAUGCGAACGAGAGCGAUGACUAUGUCACGGAGUUGUUGAAGAAGGAUGCGAAGGAGAGCUCGUCACAAUAUCGAAGUUUGGGAAUCGGCGCAUUCUUGCCCAAGCGGCCGACGACUCAAGCGCCUAAGCCGAACACUCGAUUCUUGAAACACAUCCUACGAGAAACCGACUCCCACAAUGCUGCGCUCCUCGCCAAAGAAGCCGGAGAGUCGAGAGCCAGAUUAAGAGCAAUGCAGAGAGGCACAGCUGGCCGUGGUAGAGAAAAAAAGGUGGCUGAGUCGGGCAGACCCGAUCGUACAAGUGACAGAGGUCGCAAAAGGCGAUAUGACGACGACGAUCCGAUAGAGCCAAAGCGAACGAAAGUCCGGUCUGACGAGCGCGAGGGAAAGCGACCCCACAGAUAUCAUCGGCAUAGAAGUUCAUCACGUAGCGACGAGUCACGGUCGAGAUCGCGAACCCGAGAAGAUACGCGCCACCGGAGACGACAUCGACGCAGAAGCCCGACCUGCAGCGAAGAGUCCAAGACUCGGUCGCGAAGCCCGGAUGGAAGAAGACGCCGGCACGCCGCAACGGAUGAUGAUAAGCCUCGGCACCGCAGUUCAAGAGAGCACAAAGGCCGUCGAAAUCGGUCCAGAUCUCCAGACCGAAGAGACCAUUCCGAACGGGCUCGAUCACGGAGCCCGAAGCACGGGUCGAGUCGCCGGCAUCGUGAUAAACGGUCACGGAGUCGCUCUCGAACCCGAUCGGGGUCAAGGACACGUGUACCGAGGAAGGAAUCACGUAGGAGCAGUCGGCGCGAGUAUGGAGAGGGAUAUGACGAGAAACGGCGACGCAAGCGGGUUGGAGAGGAUGUGAACCAUCACCGAUCUCCCAGUGCCGGCAGAGCUGCUGAAUCCGAUCCAUUGGAAGAUAUCGUCGGUCCGCUCCUCCCGCCUCCCGAACCGAAAGUCCGAACCCGGGGGCGCGGCAAAAUCUCCUCCUCCGCCAUGGACGCGCACUUUGACGCGAACUACGAUCCGUCAGCCGACGUGCAACCGGAUUCUGACGUCGCGGAGGAAUGGGACCAGGCGGUCGAGGCGUUCCGAGACCGGCAGAAAUGGAAGCAGCAGGGUGCGGACCGGUUGCGAGAGGCGGGGUUCACGGAGGAUGAGGUUAAGAAGUGGGAGAAGGGUGGGGAGAAGACGGAGGAGGAUGUGCGCUGGGCGAAGCAGGGGGAAGGACGAGAAUGGGAUCGGGGGAAAGUGGUUAGUGUGGAUGGACAGCAUAUUGAACAGAAGGCGGAAUGGGGGCGGCUGAAGGGCACAUGAUAUUCUAGAUCGUGUGCAUGUAACGACAAAGUCAUGAUGCUGCCAGUCCGACGCAUAAUAUCGGACCAUGCUGCUACAAAUCCUUCCUCAUUGCAACCCGCGACCACUUAUUGAUACGGUCAUUCUCCUUUUCCGCAUCCAAAUGGUCACUGACUGUUCCAUGUUCCGGCCGUUUCAGUUGCUCCG